AUGCCCUCCGUGAGCUCGCCUCUCUCGCCCAGGACUGAGGCUAUAACCGCCCCUUCCCAAAGUCGCCGACGACCAAAUCUCAAUUCGCGUCAAUCUUCGAACGUUGGACCCGCUGCGCAUCUCAGACUGCCAUCGCUGCCACGCUUCCACCCUGCCAAUUUUGCAUCAGCCAACUCCAGCACUGCAGCAACACCAGUCACUGGACCCAACAGCCCUCAAGCCCCAGUCUCGCCCCGAUCCAGUAGUCGACAAUACGAAGUUCAGAAGCAGAUGUAUCACUACCAACAACAGCUCCUCGCCAACACGAACCGUCAAGUCAGAGGCCCGGGAUCGAAGCCCACGAGCCCUCGUCUGGAGCCCAUGGCCAGUCCAGGUGCCGUUACUCCAUUGGAACUUGAGGGUGCUGACGGCUAUCUCACUGCUGGUCUCCGCACUGGUGAUGUAUCGUCGCACGUCGAGAAAUUGAUCCGUGAUGAGGCCAAGCGUCAUGGACGCACGACUUCAGUUCGUAGUAGCUGA